CACCACCCCACCCUUCAAAAGCCCGCCACACCCUCACGCGGAACGGCCAGCAAAAGCAGCACAAAACGCUUUUGCUUUCGACGUUGCGGUCCAUGCUGUGCCGUGUGCGUCGUCACACACCCCACCCACCACCUUACCAAGAAGGCCAACCCCUCGCCUUCUCUCCUCUUCUUCCUUGCGAACAACAUCUGCUCCCCACCUUGCCAACCCCCCGUCUCCCCACGAAGUAGUGUACAUUCUCUUCCGUGUUGAGUGGAACGGUUGUGUGUGGCACACUCGAUUUUGCUUCCAUCUAACCCAAGGGGGUGUUUGUCCUCGAUCGAGCGAAAGCAGCUUGCAAGCAGGCGAUCAGCCCAAGCUUGCACGACGAAGCUGUGGUGGAUUUUGGACCAUCUACCGCUCCUUGUGUGCACACGUUUGUGUGUGUGUGCGUGUGUGUGCGGACAAGCGCUGUUGCAGUGGGUGUGCCAGUUGUGGUGCGCUCAAAUCAACUACCACCGCUGUGACCAGGACGUGUCCUGGUACUUGCAGAAAGCCGCCAAUUUGGCAGCCAACAGCGGACACCUUUCACCAUGGCCAGAAUCUUCACCGCCAAGGUGGCAGUCUUUGCGGCACUCACUGCUGAGCACGGAGGCGAGCCGGGCAGACAGCACGGAGACGCACUGUCAAGCACGCUGAGCAGCGAGCUGAGCAGCGAGACGUCGCGGUCCAUAAGCUCUCUGAACAGCGAGAACUCGCGCGCGGCAAGCACUGAGACGCACCUGUCAAGCACGCUGAGCACCGAGUUGAGCAGCGAGACGUCGCGAUCUGUGAGCACAGAGACACUGCUGUCCAACGAGCUGAGCACGGAGGCGAGCCGGGCAGGCAGCACGGAGACGCACCUGUCAAGCACGCUGAGCAGCGAGCUGAGCAGCGAGACGUCGCGGUCCAUUAGCUCUCUGAACAGCGAGAACUCGCGCGCGGCAAGCACGGAGACGCACCUGUCGAGCACGCUGAGCACUGAGCUGAGCACGGAGACGAGCCGGGCAGACAGCACGGAGACGCACCUGUCGAGCACGCUGAGCAGCGAGCUGAGCAGCGAGACGUCGCGGUCCAUUAGCUCUCUGAACAGCGAGAACUCGCGCGCGGCAAGCACUGAGACGCACCUGUCAAGCACGCUGAGCACCGAGUUGAGCAGCGAGACGUCGCGAUCUGUGAGCACAGAGACACUGCUGUCCAACGAGCUGAGCACGGAGGCGAGCCGGGCAGGCAGCACGGAGACGCACCUGUCAAGCACGCUGAGCAGCGAGCUGAGCAGCGAGACGUCGCGGUCCAUUAGCUCUCUGAACAGCGAGAACUCGCGCGCGGCAAGCACUGAGACGCACCUGUCGAGCACGCUGAGCACUGAGCUGAGCAGCGAGACGAGCCGGGCAGACAGCACGGAGUCUCACCUGUCGAGCACGCUGAGCAGCGAGCUGAGCAGCGAGACGUCGCGGUCCAUUAGCUCUCUGAACAGCGAGAACUCGCGCGCGGCAAGCACUGAGACGCACCUGUCGAGCACGCUGAGCAGCGAGCUGAGCACGGAGACGAGCCGGGCAGGCAGCGCGGAGACGCACCUGUCAAGCACGCUGAGCACCGAGUUGAGCAGCGAGACGUCGCGUUCUGUGAGCACAGAGACACUGCUGUCCAACGAGCUGAGCACGGAGGCGAGCCGGGCAGGCAGCACGGAGACGCACCUGUCGAGCACGCUGAGCAGCGAGCUGAGCAGCGAGACGUCGCGGUCCAUUAGCUCUCUGAACAGCGAGAACUCGCGCGCGGCAAGCACGGAGACGCACCUGUCAAGCACGCUGAGCACCGAGUUGAGCAGCGAGACGUCGCGAUCUGUGAGCACAGAGACACUGCUGUCCAACGAGCUGAGCACGGAGGCGAGCCGGGCAGGCAGCACGGAGUCUCACCUGUCGAGCACGGAGACCAGCCGGGCAGACAGCACGGAGUCUCACCUGUCGAGCACGCUGAGCAGCGAGCUGAGCAGCGAGACGUCGCGGUCCAUUAGCUCUCUGAACAGCGAGAACUCGCGCGCGGCAAGCACUGAGACGCACCUGUCGAGCACGCUGAGCACUGAGCUGAGCACGGAGACGAGCCGGGCAGGCAGCACGGAGACUCACCUGUCGAGCACGCUGAGCAGCGAGCUGAGCAGCGAGACGUCGCGCACUGAGACGCACCUGUCGAGCACGCUGAGCAGCGAGAUGAGCAGCGAGACGUCGCGGUCCAUUAGCUCUCUGAACAGCGAGAACUCGCGCGCGGCAAGCACUGAGACGCACCUGUCGAGCACGCUGAGCACUGAGCUGAGCACGGAGACGAGCCGGGCAGACAGCACGGAGUCUCACCUGUCGAGCACGCUGAGCAGCGAGCUGAGCAGCGAGACGUCGCGGUCCAUUAGCUCUCUGAACAGCGAGAACUCGCGCGCGGCAAGCACUGAGACGCACCUGUCGAGCACGCUGAGCACUGAGCUGAGCACGGAGACGAGCCGGGCAGGCAGCACGGAGACGCACCUGUCGAGCACGCUGAGCAGCGAGCUGAGCAGCGAGACGUCGCGGUCCAUUAGCUCUCUGAACAGCGAGAACUCGCGCGCGGCAAGCACGGAGUCUCACCUGUCGAGCACGCUGAGCAGCGAGCUGAGCAGCGAGACAUCUCGUGCUGAACUUGCUGAGAACAGUCUUACUGCGAGCAUCAGUUUGGAAACGUUCCGUGCUUUGAGCACUGAGACGCACCUGUCGAGCACGCUGAGCACUGAGCUGAGCACGGAGACGAGCCGGGCAGGCAGCACGGAGACGCACCUGUCGAGCACGCUGAGCAGCGAGCUGAGCAGCGAGACGUCGCGGUCCAUUAGCUCUCUGAACAGCGAGAACUCGCGCGCGGCAAGCACGGAGACGCACCUGUCGAGCACGCUGAGCACUGAGCUGAGCACGGAGACGAGCCGGGCAGGCAGCACGGAGUCUCACCUGUCGAGCACGCUGAGCAGCGAGCUGAGCAGCGAGACGUCGCGUGCCGUGGCUGCUGAGAACAGCUUGACUGUGAGCAUUAGUGUGGAAACGUUCCGUGCGGCAAGCACUGAGACGCACCUGUCGAGCACGCUGAGCACUGAGCUGAGCACGGAGACGAGCCGGGCAGACAGCACGGAGUCUCACCUGUCGAGCACGCUGAGCAGCGAGCUGAGCAGCGAGACGUCGCGGUCCAUUAGCUCUCUGAACAGCGAGAACUCGCGCGCGGCAAGCACUGAGACGCACCUGUCGAGCACGCUGAGCACUGAGCUGAGCACGGAGACGAGCCGGGCAGACAGCACGGAGUCUCACCUGUCGAGCACGCUGAGCAGCGAGCUGAGCAGCGAGACGUCGCGGUCCAUUAGCUCUCUGAACAGCGAGAACUCGCGCGCGGCAAGCACUGAGACGCACCUGUCGAGCACGCUGAGCACUGAGCUGAGCACGGAGACGAGCCGGGCAGACAGCACGGAGUCUCACCUGUCGAGCACGCUGAGCAGCGAGCUGAGCAGCGAGACGUCGCGGUCCAUUAGCUCUGAAUAUAGUCUUGAGGAAGACAUUUCAACAGUUGAAGUUGAAUACAGCAUUGAGUUGAAUGACGUUGAGCGCAUGUUGUCCAGCUCGAUUGUUGCAGAGAAUGAACGGGCUGCCUCCACGGAAGCGAGCUUGUUGAGUGAUAUUGAAGUCGUGGAUGCGUCGUUGUUGUCGUUGGAGUCGGAUGUCUCCUCCGAGUCAAGCCGAUUGAGUGCAGCCCUGAGUGCAGAGGUUGCACGUGCCAUGAACGCCGAGGACACGCUCGAUUCUCUCAUUUCGUCUGAAUCGAGCCGUGCCGUGAGCACGGAAUCUUUUAUUUCAUCGGAGCUUUCCAAGCACGAAUCGUCCACUGCUGCCACCGUUCUUGCAAUUGAGGAUGAGUUCUCGAGUGUGCGUUCCACGGUGUCCAUGGCCGAUGACUCACUGGAGUCUGCCGUAUCGGCAGCGGAGGCACGGCUAACGCUUGAGAUCACCCGUGCCACCAACUCGGAAAACAGCCUGGAGUCGCGCUUCUCCCUCGAGCUGUCGACUGAGCUUUCGCGCGCAAUGAAUGCCGAAGACCUUCUGUCAUCGGAGCUCUCCUCUGCCAUUUCGCUGCAAGAUUUCCAGCUGAGCACGCUGGCUGCUGUUGUGACCACGAGUGACAGCGCCUUGCUGUCGACGCUAGAGUCCACGGAGACGUCGCUGGCGAGCUCCAUUUCAGAUGAAACCGCCCGCGCCUCCCUGGCGGAGCGUUCCAUCGCUGUUGGUUUGAGCGAGACCAAGUCUGUGCUGGAGGGCAACGUGACAAGCAUUGACAACCGCCUUGAAGACAUCCUCAACCGCGUCGUGAUCAACGAGCAAGAGCUGUUUGGCCGAACCAUCUUGUUGACGCUUGACCCGGGCAUCAACUGCAACACGGCCAAUUGCUCGUCCCUUACGCUGCGCAUGUGCUCUGUGGACGAGGACGCUGGUGCGCUGAUUCCUACGCUUCGGCAGCAGGUGAAGGAUUUCUUCGCUCAGCCAACGCAGUGGAACAUCACUGACUCGCAGGAACUCAACCUGCUCUCUGCCUCGGGCACGUCGAUUGCGCGCAUGCGGUUUGCGCGCGCGCUGCUGCCAGAUGUGUGUAUGGACGUGACUUUUGUGCUUGCGACGUCGUCGGGUGGUUCCAGCCGGCGUCGCCGCGCCAUCUUCACUGGUGAUGACGCAGUUGACCUCCUCAACACCACGCUGUCUGACCCAUCGUUCCCCGCGCCAGAAGAUCUGCCGUUCCAGCCAUCUGUGUACAUUGAUACGGAGAACCUUACUGCGCUGGUGGAAGAGUUGCAGCUGCAGUUGGCGACGGCGCGCUUGGAAGCGCUUCGGGCAACCGAGGAGCUCAACUCGCUUUUGAACCAGACAUCAAGCAACCUGCAGACGUCCCAGUCCAAGACAGCCAAACAGACGGACGAAGCGGCAUCCACCGCAGACCUGGCCGUCAUUCUUGGGUGUGUCAACCUGGGUCUCUUUGCGCUGCUGAUUUUUGUGCUGUUGUUCACUCGCUUGUCGCGUCGUAAUGAUCACGCGCGGUCGGAUGCGGAGGCAGCUGCACGGCACCAGUACCAGGACACGGUACUUCGUGCACACCCUGUUGCGGCAUGGUCAUCGCUGCAGCCGCAGACACCCAAGGGCUCCUGGUCUGAGGGUGAUCUGGUUUUGGCGGAACAAGAGCAAGCGCGCAGGGUUGCACGCUCACCACCACAGCCGCCCAUCCACGAUGAUCCAAACGACGCCAUCUCAAACCUCAUUUCACAGGCUGUGAUGGAUGUGGACGAUGAUGGGCCGGAUGUUCGUCCAGAGUCUGUUGAUGAGGCGGAUGUGACGUUUGACUUUGAUGCUGGCGACACGGUAUCGCCGCGUGAUUCGAUGGCGCCACCGCCUCGCGGAUCGUACAUUGGCGUGGGCCCUGCCAGUGCCCGCCAGAGCACGAUUGAGCCGAUGGAGCAGCUGCGCGAAGAGGACAGCUCGUUCUUGACUGGUGCCGAUGAUGAUGGUGAUGACGAUGACGCUGGCGGUGAUGGCCGAGACGAGCAGUUAUUGGACGAGUUUGAUGCCGUCCAGCGCGCGCUCACAGAUGCCGGUGCACGUUCGAGUGUUGAUGAUGGAGGGGGUUCACGCGCCCAGGAUUAUGACGAUGACGACGACGAUUUUGACGACGCCGGUGACAUGACCUGACACAUAAGCCGCUGCCUUUCUCUCCUUAAGCAGCAGACGUGAGGUUGUGCUGGUGUUGAGAGAGAAGAGACAGUGUAUGAGAGAGAGUGUGUGUGUGUAUGUGUGAGUCAGCGUACAUGUGAGUGUGUAUGUGUGAGUGAGCGUACAUGUGAGUGUGUGUGAGUGUGUGUGUGUGUUUCAAUGGGCGAAUCGUUACGUUGCUCGGCGGGUGUGGCUGUGGGCCGCGCCGAGGCGUGAGGGGGACGUUAGAGUGGGCUCAUGAGUGGAUGACAUUUUCGUUUGGCGGUCUCUGGUUUGUUGUUUGCUUCAAUUGGCGGUGUUUGCUUGUAGUUGAACGUUGCAUGCAUGGUUGAUGUGAUGAUGAUGUGUGAACUAGUGUCUUGCUGAUUUGCUGGGAGGUACCGUCAUGUCACUUUGGUUUUGUUCACAGCUCUUUCUUUCGUUUUUGUUCUCAUUGAUUACAGAGUUGCUCAUGUGA